AUGAUUAUUAUUUCCCAGCUGAUACUAGUGACAAUCCUCUGCCUGACGGCCAGUGGCCUGGCAGCUCCAGCUCCAGAACCCGCACCAGAACCAGCUCCAGCUCCAGCACCUUCGCCUAGCAUUGGACUGGGCCUGGGACUGGGUCAUGGCUAUGGAGGAUAUGGCCUGGGAUUGGGCCUCGGAAUCGGCCACAUUGGUCACAUUGGCGGCCUCUACGGUGGUCACUAUGGAGGAUUGGGACUGGGCCUAGGACUGGGCUAUCAUGCGCCCAUCGUUUCCAAGACAAUCAUUGGCAAGAGCUAUCUGGGCGGCUAUGGCUUGGGCCUGGGUCAUGGAUAUAUCGGCGGCUACGGAGGACACGGACUCUACGGACAUGGCCUGGGUCUCGGCCUGGGCUACGGACUGGGCCAUGGCUAUGGCUACGGCCAUGGCUGGUAG